AUGCUUCGUGUUUGGAGCUCUUCUGGGGAAGAGCUGGCCUGCAUGCCUCUGGCGCAAGUGGGAGACGUGCGAACUCUGAAGCGCCACCUUCGCUCGACAUGUGGUUUGCCCGCAUGUUUCCAGAAGCUGUUCCGCAUCCCAAGUGCAGUGAGGAAGGACUUGAAUGAUGAUCUCCUGUCUGUGUUCAAGAGCCUCGGCCAGGCUAUAGAUGUGCAACUGGUCGCAGUGACCUGCUCAGAUGAUACGAUACUGUCUCUCGAAAUUUUGGAAGCAGUGAGGAACUCUGAGUUGUCAGCUGCACGGUUGUUGUUUGAAGCUGGUGCCAAUACGGAAUGUCGCGACCCUCAUGGCAACACGCCACUCAUGUUGGCUUCUGCUAACGGCCAUAUUCAGAUGCUAUGCUUUCUCUUGGAAGCUGGCGCCAGGUUGAAUUCGCAGGAUCACAAUCAGAAGACAGCGCUCAACCUUGCAGCCGCACACGGUUAUGCUGAGAUCGUAUCCCUGCUGCUGGAGGCUGGGCUUGACAAGGAUUGGCAAGAUGUGCAUGGUACUACUCCUCUCAUUUCGGCAUGCAUCGCCCAUCAUGUGAGAGUGGUUGAGGUGCUCCUGGCAGCAAAGGCGUCCACAGACAAGAUUCAACAGCAUGGCAGCACUGCUCUCAUGUGGGCAUCUGCGAAGGGUCACACUCGGAUUGUCAGUUUGCUCUUGGAAGCCCGUGCCUCAACGGACGAGGGGGGCGUGGACAGCACUGCUCUUAUCGAUGCAGCCAUAAACGACAACAUCGACAGCGUGUACUUGCUGCUGAAUGCCCGUGAGCUACGAAUCCGCUGGCAAGAUCCGCUGGCAGAUGAGGACAGCAUCACUCAACAGGAGCGCGAGCAGUCCGGCUCCCAGGGACGCGCAGGUGCCAUCCUUAACUUCACAGACUUCCAGUCCUGCGCCCCCCGUGUGGGCCACUACAGGCUGAACCAUCCGCAGUCGGACUGGGUCAACCAGGCCGGCAACACAAAUGCCGAACCCCUGCGAAGGCAAGUGUCUCCAGACGGGUUCUGCGAAGAUGCAGUCGCGGUCGCGCUUUGCCCUGCUUCGCGCUCUGCAGUUGGAGCAGUCAAGAGCUUAAGGCCUAGCGGCCUAUUGUUUAGGGAAGUGUUUGUCAUUAGCUCACGCACUCAAUUUUUUGUAGGCUCAAUGACAGCAGGCUUUUUUUGUUGUGUAGCCCUUACACAACCCCCCCAUUCGUGA